AUGAAGUAUAUUUACCAAAUUCACCUGGCUUUAGUUCUCGACACAAUCAAUGAGAUCAAUGUGGUUUCUAAAUCUCAUGAGCUUAGCGAUCUUUUAACUCCAGUUUCGGUCAAAUGGUUUUUGGCUUACCUCAUAAACAAACGAGUUGUGGAAGAUGGAACACUCUUGAAAGCAUUCCCAGUUAUAGUGGAUUGCAUUGACCAUCGGUUUCCUUGCAGCCUUGAACUUGCAAUCUCUGAAAUUUUGAAGGCAGUCAAGGCUAUACUUAGACGCCUUCCUGCAAGUGGUAUUGAUAGAGAAAAGAGAGUUGGUCUUUUGUGUCUCGGGCGGUCUCUGAGACUGUUAACUACUCUUCGUAGUCCUUCGAAAUUUUUCAAUUUCGAUUUCAACGUGAAAGAACUUUUGCAACAAUCUAAGCAAUAUAGUCAAAACGUUCAAGCUUAUGCUAUAACAUUUGUGUUAGAAUAUCUCAAUCAUAAAGGUGGCAGAGCGGUACACACUACUUCUCACACGAUUGAGGAGUUGUUAGAAAUCCUCAAUGCAAAGGAGAAAAAAUUCGGAGAGGAUGCAUUAACUAGAGCAUCGUCAUCCGAAUAUCGUUAUAUUGCUUUUGAGGAAAGGGGUUGCGUGUCGGAACUUCUGGAAAAUUCUUUGCUACAGCAAGUCAUACCUUUUAAUAAGCCGAUCUAUGAAGGUCACAAGAAGUAUCUAAUUGGAGGCAGUCACCCCAUACGGAACUCCGUACAAGUCCUCUCUUACCUGGAUCUUCAAAUUACAAAAAGCUUUCUCAUAUUAAGUUCAAAAUAUAUAAAUCCAAAUAUAGUAUUAAAAUCUCGCUCGAUUAUUGAGGAUCGGGGCCAAAUUUGGUGCAUUUUCUACGCAGUAGGUAAAUACAUUACGAGCAAUGAAAAAAUUGUAUCGAACUCAGUAGUCCAGUGGUUUCGAAAAUGUGUGAAUAAGUGGUUUCCAAAAAGGAGCUUUGUCAGCCAUAGGGAAAUUCAGCAGAUCGAAAAAGACUUCACUGCACUUGUCGAAUCACAGACUAUUCGAAUUAUGACGCAUAUUUACAAUACCAUGCCUAAUUUUAUCUACUCUGAACUGAGUAAACUUAAACGAGAUAAUGAUCAGUCACCCAGAAGGCUUUUGGCAAAUUCCUUGACUAUGCAACUCUUUCCAGCUUGUUUAGCAUACUUCAAAGUGAGCGCGGUUAGAAAAGCAACGGAUAUCCUAUUAUUGGAGCCUCAUUUUAUGAAUAAAACUCCAUCUUCAAAGAAAGGUUAUUCCCAGAGUGACUGGGAAUUGGCUCUUGAUAUUUGCAGACUGAUUUCAAGGGUGAUAAAGCUUGCUUUUUCCAACAGGCCUGACUCGGAUGCAAUGAGUGAGUUAAGGAAUGUCUUCGAAAGUAUCCUUGAUAAAAAGCCUUGCACUUUCAAACAAAUCAAUAAGCUCAUUUGCCAUAAUAUCUUUGUUUUAUUCCUGGCAAAGUUCAACAGCCGAGCCACGAAAGAAAUAGGCAAUAUUUACUUACAAGUAGUUAAAAUGCUGAGAAUGCUCCAAUAUCCACGUUGGACCAAAAAUACUAUAACGAAUGAGUGGAUUCGUUUAGUCAAGAGCGAACCUCAUGAACGAAGCCGCAGGGAGUUAAGUAAUUCCCUCAUUUGGAAUUGGAAAGCCAUUAGUGAACUUUUGGAGGAAGGUUUAAUCGAUCGCCAUAGACUUGAUAAUCUACUGAGUCUGAAUAUCAAGGCCGGGAAUAUUUGUGCGGUGACGCUAUUAAUCGACCUACUAGAUAGGUUUAUUCUGCCGUCUAUUUCGCCAGAAAAGGUCGAGGUUCCAACGGAUGGAAAUCAAUGUGCAAAUGUUUCAACAUAUCUGCCUGGUAACUUUUUCAGGCUCACACAUAAACCCCACUUUGCAAUUCUCAAUGAAUUUGAUUUGCAAAAAUCUACAAAAGCUCUAAUGAAUCUGCAAAAGCUAAACAAUAGAAAUUGUCGAGAAUUUGAUUUCCAGUUCAAUUCCACUUGUGCUCGAAUACGCGCGUUCUUGAAUCGCGACCUGUUAGAGGAAACUAUGGGCGAGGUGUUAUCAAAGAAAUAUUGGCGUGGUGAAGAAGAAAAAGUCGAACCUGUGGAAAUAAAGCUAUUCACAAAGAGGGCGAUAUUUCAGUGGUUCAGUGGGUACGCGGAACGCAAGCAAAAUGAUCCCUCAAAAUUUGAUGAGCUCCUUGUUGAAUGGAUGGAUUCUUGCAAUUGGUCAAAGACCAUUUCCGAUUUACCGAAAAUGGUUGCCUUUCUCCGGAUAUGCGUAUCACUAGCGUUUGAUAAUACCCUUAAUUUCAACGCAAUAUCGCAAUCCGAGGAAUUUAUUGACCUAAUAAUCACAUGCAGUAAGAAAUUUUCAAAUUUGAUACCAGUACGAAGGAGAUUACUGGGCCAUGUAAUUGGCAGACUGGGAAAGACUAUAAUACAACAUUACGAAGACAUAUCUUGUGAAUUCAAUCCGAGGCCAUAUACGAACUUUUUAUUGCAACUCUUUAGAAGACUCCUCAUGCAUUUUCCUGCAGUAGAUGAACGGGAUCAGAGUGAGAAACAUGGUGAUAUUCAUAGGUUCAUUCUAAUUGCUUUUGGCCAUCUGUUGCAUCAACUUGGGCCAUGCCGAAUGCCAAAGUUUGCAGCAGAUUUUAUGAAAAUACUUCAACAUGGAUUCUUGAUGAAAUGUUACUGUACUAAGACUAGUGACCACACGACUCCUGUUGAGCAGUUUGAAGCUACACGAAAGUUAUUCCGUAAGAUUUACGCACAGCUACUGAAGAGUUUGACUUUCCAUGUGUUAUUGGGGAAUAAGCACAAUUUGGAGGAAAAAUUAAUUUAUCUGUGGAUCAAAAUCCUGCAUAAAUAUUCCGACUUCAUAUGCGAAUUUUAUCACUACUUCUCAAAGGUAAUUUCAGUCUCGCAAUCUGUCCUGAGGAAUAUUUUGGCUUUUGCUAGGCCAAGUACGGAUGAAAUUCCUGAAUAUACUUUGAAUGCAAAAAACAGGUUCCCUCCAAUUGCAAAACAAUCAAUAGACUCGGAUAUCAGGUCUGAAACCCCCGCAAACUUAAAUCAGCCGGGAGAUUACUUAUCAAGAUACUUUAAUGUUUCUAUGUUUGGUCAAAGUUCGAACGAUAAGGAAAGAGAAGCGGCAGCAAUUCAAAUAAAUACGAUUCUUUACUUUGAGGCUGUCUUUAGGCAGUCGCGUCUUUUUUCCGAAGCCAACCAUAAUGGUAAAUAUGUUCAUGAAUUUCUGGCCGAUUUGGUGACUUACUUGGGCCUCCAUGCAUUACAGAAGGCACAAUUGAAGGACUACCUCACUGGUGGCACGAUGACUAAAGUCCAACUACCAGAAAUAGUUUUUCUGGAGUCUUUUAUGCUGCAAUUGUCUGAAGAUGGCCAGUCAAUUCUUGUCAGCUAUCUAGUUGGUCAACUGAGAUACGAAUGCCUCUGGACACGAUUCUUUUCGCAAUGUCUUCUUACACUGUUGCGCAAGUCAGGCGAUUUGACCUUGAAAUCAAUAAUCAUCAGUGUUUUAAUUGAAUAUCUUAGAUACGGAACUUUCCAAUCCUAUGGUCUACUGUUUGUGAGCUACAAUAUCAGGGAAAAACUUGAUUUUUCAGAAUUGCUAAAACUUUAUGGUGAUGAGGAACGGGCUCUCUUUGAUAAUGCAAGAGAAUUGUACAAUGCAAAGUGCAGAAAAAAAUAA